CGACCUCAUCCCACGCCGAAACAACCACCCAAACCACCCCGAACAACCCCUCCUCAAACCGCAAAAAUGGAGAACGACCGUGGCGAGAUCGUGGACCUUUACGUCCCCCGCAAGUGCAGCGCCACCAACCGCAUCAUCAAGGCCAAGGACCACGGUUCCGUCCAGAUCUCUAUUGCCAAGGUCGACGAGAACGGCCGUGCCGUCCAGGGCGAGAACCACUCCUACGCCCUCUGCGGUUUCGUCCGAGCGAUGGGCGAGAGCGACGACUCCCUCAACCGAUUGGCCCAGCGUGACGGCCUCCUCAAGAACGUCUGGAGCGCUCAGCGAUAAAGCAACAAAACUCGGAAAAGGUACUUGGCAAUCUUGUCCUGGGCAUCCUCGGAAUGGGAUUCUGACAUGAAUUGGCCUCAGGGUUAUGGUUCGGGCAAAGAAGGCAUGGGUGAAAGAAACUAGGGUUGGCUGCAUCUAGCAAAUCCAAUUCGAGGCGUUCGGCUCGAUUUUGAGACAACACUACGAUAUCCCGACUCUAUGCUCGACGAUGUGACAAAGUGGUGAUCGUGCACCCAACCUCCUCCCCCCGGCUGGCGAAGUCUCCUCGGAUCGACCUCACGGGUCACCUCACUCCGGGGAUUCUGGGGCUACCUCGAUAGCCUCCGUGCCGCAGAUUGAACAGGCUCUGAAAAAGCCGUGGCGUUCAAGUUGUUUGCUAUGGUACAGAUACGGGUCUAACAUGCGUUAUUGAGUUUCUU